GGCUCCACGGGGUUCUGGGCUGGGAGGCAGACAGACCAGCGCUGCUGCAGCAGCGACUCAUCCUAUCGAUAAGGUUCAGUUAGCCAAGGUGGAGGAUGGGAAAAGAAUGGAGCUGUCCCAGCUACUCAAUGAGAUCAGGGCAAACUAUGAAAAGCUCCUCACCAGAAAUCAGAUAGAGACCGUGCUCUCAACAAGGAUCCAGCUGGAAGAAGAUCUGAGCAAAAAAAUGGACAAAGAUGAAGAGGCUUUAAGGGCAGCUCAAGCAGAACUCAAGGAAGCCCGGCGCCAGUGGCACCACCUGCAAGUGGAAAUUGAAUCUCUCCACGCUGGAGAGAGAGAGACAGAGACAUCAAUGAUGAGAGAGAAUCAUUGAUCGGCUGCCUCCUGCACACCCUCUACUGGGGAUCGUUCCCACAACUCUGUGAUUGAAGGACUGGAAAAAGAGCUGCAGGAAGUAAGGCACGGCAUCGAGAAGCAGCUCCAAGAGCAUGAGAUGCUUCUCAACACGAAGAUGAGGCUAGAACAGGAAAUAGCCACGUACCGCCGCCUCCUAGAAAAGGAAGAAAUCAGGUAUUAUGGUUGUAUCCAAGGAGGAAAAAAAGAAAAAAAACCUACAAGUAGAGUUGGUUUUGUUUUACCUUCAGCCAUUAUAAAUGAAAUCUCUUUUUCAACAAAAGUCCCACAAAAGUGUGAGAAUGAAAAAGUGGAAACAGUGACCAAACAGGCAAUAUUAAAUGGAAAUGUCGUGAAGGAGAGCACUGAAGCUCAUGGCACUAUUCAGACCGAGAAAGUGGAUGAAGUUAUUAAAGAAUGGGAAGGUUCCUUCUUUAAAGAUAACCCUCGGUUAAGGAAAAAAUCUGUUUCUCUUCGCUUUGACCUUCAUUUAGCAGCCACUGAUGAAGGGUGUUUACAGACUAAACAGGAUAAUCUACCAGAUAUAGAAGUCAGGCUUAUCAUGAGGAGAUCAUGCAGUAUUCCCUCUAUCAAACCUCCAUCAGCAGCUCAUUAACCCAAAGACAGUAUUUGACUUGAGUUGAAAAUGACAUUAGGAUGGACCAAGGUGGGCGAUGCUGACUAUCUUCUGUCCCAAAUGAAGUUUAAGUAUGAAUGUUAUGAUUGAUGUGUGAUUCUCUCCGUGGGUGGGGGGAUGGCAAGGGGCAAAAUUUCUCUGCAUUUAACUAUGGAUAUAUUUUUUUGGAAAGGGAAGUGCAAAUAAAAUCAGAAAAUCAGUAUGAUUUCUAUCUUAUUUAUCCUCCAAAUAAUCGUUUUUGUUCCCUUGAAAUUUUAUCAGAGAUGGUAAACAUUAGCAGCUUAGUAAAAUCUGUGACUUAAUGCCUGAAUACUCUAAGGAAAAGGGAAUGGUUUAUCUAAAUAUGAUUGUACUAUGUUAAGAAUCACAUUGAGUAAUUCAUCACUCUUCUAUGACUGGUUAUAUCUACAAAGAUUUUUCUAAUUGAAAAAGAAAACAAUUAUACAACUUUUAAA